AUGUCCGGACAGAUCGAAAACCUCAAGUCUUUCGGUACGUGCGCCCAACAGCCCCCCACCGCUACAGCCGCACUCGCCUGAUAAGCACCCGUCCACGCGCUACAAUACUCGCACUUCUUCACAUGACAGAUAACAGACCAUACACCGCGGCAUGGUAGUCGCGUGGACCACAGGAGCAUGUCGCGCGCCGCGGCGUAGCAAGAAGGCACGAUUGCCCAAGAUGACACACUGCUAACCUUAUGUCGCACAGACCCCUUCGCGGAGGCCGAUGAGGAUACAGGCGAGACCAAGCAGUCGCAGAACUACAUCCACAUCCGUAUUCAGCGUAAGUCAAUCAUCUACAUACCGGCGCGCCCGCUGUUCCGACCUCGCUGACUCACAUCUUCCGCAGAGCGCAAUGGUCGUAAGACGUUGACCACCGUCCAAGGCCUGCCAAAGAAGUUCGACCAGAAGAAGAUCCUCAAGGUGAUCAAGAAGAAGUUCGCCUGCAAUGGCACCAUCGUCAACGACACCGAGAUGGGCGAGGUGAUCCAGCUCCAGGGCGACCAGCGCAAGGAUGUUCAGGAGUUCUUGGUCGAUAAGAAGGAGGGCCUGGAGCUUGAUGCCAAGACCAUCAAGGUCCAUGGUUUCUAG